AUGGCAGCAGCUUACACAACUUUGCUUUUGAGCAGUGGCCGGAGAUACAAAGCUGUCCCUUCCUCAACGUCCCCCCUAAAAAGCUCGCGGCAACUGAGCAGGCCGGUACCUACAGAAAUCCAUCUGGAUUUGCUGGCUAAUGGAGUCAUCCCCGAUCCCUUCAUUGGGAAGAAUGAGGAAGCUGUGCAAUGGGUUAGAGAGCAGAGCUGGAUAUACGAGUUACAGUUCGAAGUGCCUGAAGAUGCAAUUGGAAAGCCAAACCGCCGUGCUGUAUUGUUGUUCGAAGGGCUCGAUACCUUCGCCACCGUCAAGCUCAACGAUCAAACAUCCUCAAAUCCGACAAUAUUGUUUGUAAAUCACCUUCGAGAAUGCAGAGCGAGUUGGGGACGAGGAAGUCCUCAAGUAUCCGAGGCACGGCUGGCUACGAGGAAAGCACAGUAUCACUAUGGCUGGGAUUGGGGUCCGAAAUUCAUGACCCGGCGACCCUGGAAGCCGAUAUAUCUGGAUCUUUAUUCUGUGCAGCUGGAAGUUGUGGUUAUGGUGGAUGGCGCCGCUAGUCGAGCCAACGUCCAACUCGGCCGCGAAGGGGUAGUCCAACAAUCUCGAACCGUCAAUGUUGAGCAACACAUUGUGCGAGCGAAUUUUCGUCUGCACGAUCCUGAUCUCUGGUGGCCCUUCGCCCUGGGAGAAGCAAAUUUGUACGAAACCAGAGUUUCUUUAUACCAGUCUCAGGACUCUCAGUCGAUGCUCGUGGACGAAAUGAGCAAGACAUUUGGAAUUCAGAAAGCGGAAUUGAUCCAGCGUCCGCUGCCUGGCCAAGAAGAUAGCGGUUUCUUUUUCAAGAUCAACAACGUCCCGAUCUUCGCUGCCGGCUCGUAUUGGAUUCCGGCCGACUCCUUCCUGUCUCGUGUCUCUACGGAGAAGUACACGGACCGGGUCAAGUUGCCUCGCGAUUCUGAUCAGGUCAUGAUCCGCGUUUGGGACGGCGCUUUCCAGCACACGCGCAAAUGCGAAAUCGCGUCGCGGUGGAAGCGGAGCAAAACCGAGAAUUAUAUCAUUCCACUGCUUAGGCAGCUCGAAUCCGAUUCAAGCGAGACCGACCCCGGAAAGAUUCUCGAAUCCACUUUUCCAACAAGGUAUUUUUAUGAGCAUACGCUGCCGGCAAUUUGCAAGGCUCUGAGUCCAGCUAUCUCGUAUUGGCCUGGGUCUCCAUUUGGGGGCGCCAUGGAAAAUUUGCAGCAAGUUCGUGAUAUACACCAAUGGCACGUAUGGCAUUUGGAAAUGUUUCCAUACCAAGACUUCCCCAAACUUGCUGGUAGAUUCGUCAGUGAGUUUGGUAUGCAAACAUUACCCGGCCUCGAUACAGUCGAAGACUUCUUUCCUCCCGAAUACAGCGUGCUGGAGAAUGGCGACGUGUCGGAAGACAAAUUUUUGAAAUGGCACAACAAAAUGGAAGAUGGAGGAGACCGGAUUGCGCACUACGGGAAUGCUAACAUCAAAUUCGAGACGGGAUCCAACUGA